AUGGAGGCCGAGUCGAUACAAUACACCCCUAGCCAAAAUGGAAAACAGCCUGCAUGUCUGAACUGCCGGCGGAGCAAGAUCCGCUGUAAUAGGCCUGCAGGACAGCCGCGUUGUGAGAAAUGCCAGGCUAGUGACGUGGAUUGUAUCGUGCCGAGUCAUCAUGUUGGUCGGCAGAAGGGAGUUAAAAAUAAACGCAAGGGGUUGGAGAAAGCAAUCCACCAGAUAGAACAAGCUAUCAAACGACCAAAGGUCGAUUCUUCCAAUCCUGACGAGGCUCAGAAAGCAAUUACUGGCCUCCAGGACUUGCUCAGUCAGUUUCAGGGACAGUUGCAGAGUGGGUCUACAGAUAGCUUUACAGAGAGAUCUGAUCAAGCACGGAAUCUCCCAUCUCCGCGUGAUCCCAAUACAGACGAGAAUCUUGCUCUCGAUGAUGCAGAAAACCCGCUACAAUUACUUGCGCGUGCCUCAGAUCUACAAUUUUCACCGACGGGGCUGCGUCGAGUCCCGAAAUCAUCGCAGCCGGUCAUAGUACCGUCGACGGUGCCACAAGACUUCAGUCCGUCCGUGGACUUUGGCGCGAAAUCAUUUUUCGUACCUGUCAGAGCUAACUUAGAUAUUGGACCUGAACUUGAUCCUGUCGAGCUAGGGUUAGUUACAUUCGACGAGUCCGAGUCUUUAUUUUCAUUCUUCUAUCAAAAUCUCGCUCACACACGAUGGGGGGCUGGACCCCCUCGUACACACAGCCAGCUUUGUGCGAGCUCAAUCAGCUUUUCUCUUUACCUCGAUUAUGGCCGGAGCGGCGUUAUUUCUUCCAUCCGCUGCGGCAUUAGCAACACGACUAGGCAGGCAUUGCAAAUGGCUAGCCAAGCGAGUGAUGACAAAUCGCCAUCGAUCCGUGGAAAUUGUUCUCGCUUUUAUGUGGCGUUGGAUUUAUCGCUGAAUAAGAUUAUCACGCCGUCUUCAAGCUUUGAUCGGGAUCUCCUGAGCCGGCUUGCGAGGGCUGACUGUAUCGAGGCGAAGAGGGCUAUGCAUAUGGAUGGAUUCGAUGAUGUCGAUCCUGAUUCGGAGUGGGGACAUCGGUUGUUACGAAGGCGGGAGAGAGCCUGGAUUGCCUUGUUUGUUGUCGAACGAGGUGUCUGUCUUGCCCGCGGAAGAAGCUACACUGUGCCACCAACGGCGCUUAUUGAGAAUUGCGAUGUAUGGCAUCUCUCAAAGAUUGCAGACCGACGAGAUGGACCGAUGAACUCCAUGGCAGUUCUACGAAGAGAUCUUGACGAACUGUUCAGAACCGUCAAGUCGAGUUGUGACAGCUAUCGCAUCGUUGAUACUGGAUCCGAGGCAGCACAAUCGAUCAAGUCCACUAUUGAAAAUUUUUACAACCACUGGUAUGAGACCUGGGCAUUAGCAAUCGGCGAAGGUGGAGCACGCUCUCUUCCACCAUAUGUCGAAAUUCUCGUCACACAUACCCAACUAUCCACAUAUGGUGGUGUCAUCAACCACCCUACUGCACCACUCGAAGUCAAGCGAUUUUUCCGCGUAGCCGGCCUCUCAGCCGCUUUGAAUGUGCUUCGAGCCGCCAUUCAAGGCGAAUCAUGUCUAAAAUCCAUGCCAAAUAACACCGUGAUAAUGAUUUCCUUCGCCGCAUGCUCUGCACUUAGUCUCAGCAUAACUCCAGGGGAUAGUCGAUCUAGUCUGGCGCCUAGUGUGCGAACCUUGAUCGAAGAAACAGCCGGGGUUCUCGAGCGAAUUGGCGUGACACCAAGCCACCGAAACGGCUCUUCCGUGCUAUAUGGGCGCUUUUUACGAGAACUUGUUCGUCGAGCUCCCACGAUGUCUGAUCAACCUGAUCCUAUGCUUCCGUCCACAUUAGAUCAGAGAACACCUUUAACCGUCACACAAGCGACUCUUCCUCCAGGUGGUCUCUGGACAGAGCCUAUGCAAUUUUCUGCUAUGUCUGAUAAUCAAAUUAUCGAUGCUGUUAAUCGGGCGGGAAGUACGUUUGGUGCAUCGAUUCCUGAUGUCCCUGUUGAUGAUAUGCUUAGUUGGGAUUGGCGGGAUUUUGCCAAUACUGAUUUUGGAUUAUAG